GUCCACGUGAUCUGUCGUCAGUCGCGACUAGCGUAAUUGCGAAUGCAAAAUGUCUGAGACGAAAACGUUUGUUUAAAAUGAAAUCUUAUUUUGUUAAAGACAAUUUGUAGUGUUAUAGUUUUAAAAUGCCUGCAUCAAUUGGUGUAAAUUUACGAGUGACUGGUCACUGUAGUCAAGGCGGGAGAAAGUAUAUGGAAGAUUUGUUUUCUGUUGCUUAUCAACAAACGGAAGAUGAGAGGGAUUUGGAAUACGCUUUUUUCGGGAUUUACGAUGGUCACGGAGGUAGCGAGGCAGCAGCAUUCGCCAAAGAACAUUUGAUGGACUCUAUAGUGAAGCAACGUCAAUUUUGGUCUGACAAUGAUGAAGACGUUCUCAAAGCAAUUAGAAAUGGUUACAUGUUGACCCAUUUGGACAUGUGGAAAGAAUUAGAAAAAUGGCCGAAGACUGUUACGGGACUGCCCAGUACAGCUGGAACUACAGCAAGUGUUGCUUUUAUAAGACGUGGCAAAAUAUAUAUUGGUCACGUUGGAGACUCUGCAAUAGUGCUUGGUUACCAGAAAGAUGGAUGCGAAGAAUGGGCAGCAAAACCUUUAACUUCUGAUCAUAAACCAGAAUCGGCACCAGAAAUUGAGCGUAUCCAACGUUGCGGAGGGAAAGUGGUUUCAAAGGCCGGUGUGCCUAGAGUUGUGUGGAACAGACCCCGUUUGGGACAUAAAGGACCCAUAAAAAAGAAUACGCCAAUGGACGAGAUACCAUUUCUUGCAGUAGCGAGAUCUCUUGGAGACCUAUGGAGUUAUAAUCCUCAGAAUGAUGAGUUCAUAGUCAGUCCUGAUCCUGAUGUUGGUGUAUUGACGAUAGACCCAUCUAAGUUUCGGUGAGUAGUAUGCACAAGUAAACUGCUAAACUUGAAAGUUUUCUAUCGUUUGUGUUAUCACAUGCGUAUAGUUGCAAACAAUACCACAAAUAAAAGAGUCACAAAUGGUUUUUAAACUAUUAUUUAAAAUGUGUAUGUUUUAU